AUGUCGGUGACAGCGAAAACAUGGCCACAGCUCGCGUAUCUUCUGAUCUUUUCUUUCAGUUUAGUGCAUGCACAAGUGAGUUACACCAUUCCCGAAGAAAUGGCUAAAGGUUCUGUGGUCGGAAAUGUAGCACAAGAUUUAGGUUUGGAUUCACACAGACUCAAAUCUGGGAAUGCACGUAUCUACACCGGAGACAGCACGGAAUACACUGAGCUGAAAAAAGAGAGUGGGUUGCUUUUGAUUAAGGAGAAAAUAGAUCGCGAGGCGCUUUGCGCAAAGACUACUCCGUGCGCUUUGCAUCUUCAAAUGAUUUUGGACAACCCAGUAGAAUUAUAUAGAAUAACAGUCGAAAUCACGGACAUAAAUGAUAAUGCUCCUAGUUUCAAGAAAAAGGAAAUAACGUUUGAGAUCAGCGAAAUUGCUGGAAUAGGGGCGAAGUUCAUGCUGGAGAAAGCCUUCGAUCCAGACGUUGGGAUAAAUAGCCUUCAGAGUUACUCUUUGAAACCUACGGAUCAUUUCUCUUUGAAAUUACACAAUCAAGCUGAUGGUAGUAAAACCGUGGAGAUGGUGCUACACAAAAGCCUUGACCGAGAAGAACACGGGCGAAUGUCUUUGUUGUUAACAGCUAUCGAUGGCGGCGAACCGCAGAUGUCCGGCACGGUUCAGAUACAUAUAACUGUACUAGAUGCUAAUGAUAAUGCCCCAGUCUUUAAGCAGAAAAUAUACAAAGCCACUUUAACUGAAAACGCGCAAAAGGGUUAUAAAGUAGCCACCGUCAGCGCUUCUGAUGCUGAUGAAGGUUCUAAUGGCAAGAUAACAUAUUAUAUUGCAAACAUAAUGGAUGGUCUGGCGGACGUAUUCACAAUAGAUCAAAUGAACGGUGUAAUUACAUUAAACGGUGAGGUUGACUACGAAAUCGCAAACAAUUUUCAAAUUGAUAUUGAAGCAAAAGAUCAAGGAGGUCUCUCUGACUCUUGUAAAGUAAUUAUUGACGUGGUAGACAUAAAUGAUAACAAGCCCAGUAUCAACGUACUAUCUAUGCCCAAAUCUAUCUCUGAGGGCUCGCAGCUUGACAGAGUAAUUGCAAUGAUCAAUGUGAAUGAUCCCGAUUCUGGCCAAAGUGGUCAGGUACAUUGUGUACUAAAUGACAAUAUUCCUUUUAGUAUCACAUCUGCAUCAAACAAUUUUUUCAGCCUGAAAACUCAACAGGAACUGGAUAGGGAAAAAAAUGCAGAGUACAACAUCACUGUAACGUGUGCUGACGAGGGAGUGCCCCAGCUUUCCAGCAGUGUCGACUUGCAUUUGCAGAUAUUAGACGUAAAUGACAACGCGCCAGUCUUUGAGAGAAGCUUUUAUGAAGCAUAUGUUGUUGAGAACAAUACACCGGGUCAGUCUGUAUUCAAAGUAAAAGCAAGUGAUUCUGACUGGAAUCAGAAUGCUCGUGUUUCAUAUAUUCUGGAGGAGAGCGCCGUUAAUGGCGUGUCAGUCUCAUCAUACGUGUCUGUUAACGCUGACAGUGGAAUUAUCAGUGCUGUACGUUCUUUUGACUACGAACAGUUAAAGGAAUUACAUUUCUGCGUGAAAGCACAAGAUGGUGGCUCACCUCCUCUCAGUAGUAAUGUUACAGUUAAAAUUAUCAUCCAGGACCAGAAUGACAAUGCACCACAGAUUCUUUACCCAGUACAAACUGGUGGCUCCGUGGUAGCUGAAAUGGUGCCUCGUUCAGCUGAUGUUGGCUACCUUGUCACUAAAGUCGUGGCUGUUGAUGUGGACUCUGGACAGAAUGCCUGGCUCUCCUAUAAACUACAGAAAGCCACAGACAGGGCCCUGUUUGAAGUUGGAGCACAGAAUGGAGAAAUACGAACAGUGCGUCAGGUCACUGAAACCGAUGCUGUUAAACAUAGACUCACUGUUGUGGUGGAAGAUAAUGGACAACCCUCUCGUUCAGCUACAGUCAUUGUCAAUGUGGCUGUAGCUGACAGUUUCCCAGAAGUACUCUCAGAAUUCAACAGUUUUAACCAUGACACAGCAUACAGUGACAAUCUGACUUUUUAUUUGAUUUUGGCUCUGGCUGUGGUUUCAGUACUCUUCAUUUUCUCACUAACUGCCAUCAUUUCAGUCAAAAUCUACAGAUGGAAGCAAGAAAGGCAGUUUUAUAAAUCUGGAUCAAAUCUUCCAGUGAUUCCCUACUAUCCACCUGUCUACCCUGAUGGUACUUUACAGCGUGUGUAUAAUUAUGAGAUGUGUGGAACAACUGAUUCCAGAAUGAGUGACAUCAAAUUUGUCAGGCCUUACAGCCAGAAUACACUGGUGAAUGUGAGUCGCGCUGGAACUGUACAGAGAGAAAAGAGAGAACAGGAGGAGGCUGAUCUGAUUUUAGAGGUGAGAAUCAUAGCAUAUUCAGAAAGGAUCACCCUUCGAGUGGAAUUAAACGCUGCGUUCUUUCUGGAAAACACAUACUUCAUGUCCUUGGCGUCCAAGGUCUUUGACGAAAAGCAGGAUUACAUGUACCCUUGA